CUCUCCUGCUUCCAGAGCCCGCUUCCUUGGCCGCAGGCCACCCGGCGACCUCUGGGAAGAUGAGUGGCUGCGGGAGGAAGGCCCUGACCCUGCUGAGCAGCGUCUUUGCCGUCUGUGGCCUGGGGCUCCUGGGCAUCGCCGUCAGCACCGACUACUGGCUCUACCUGGAGGAGGGCGUGGUCCUGCCCCAGAACCAGAGCAUGGAGAUCAAGAUGUCCCUGCACUCGGGCCUGUGGCGUGUCUGCUUCAUAGCAGGGGAAGAGCGGGGACGUUGCUUCACCAUAGAAUACGUGAUGCCCAUGAACUCCCAGCUGACCUCGGAGUCCACCGUCAAUGUUCUAAAAAUGAUUCGCUCGGCCACACCAUUCCCCCUGGUCAGCCUCUUCUUCAUGUUCAUUGGGUUUAUCCUGAGCAACAUCGGACACAUCCGUCCCCACAGGACAAUACUUGCCUUUGUCUCCGGCAUCUUCUUCAUCCUCUCAGGCCUCUCUCUGGUGGUGGGCCUGGUCCUCUAUAUCUCCAGCAUCAACGACGAGAUGCUCAACAGGACCAAGGACGCAGAGACCUAUUUCAACUACAAGUACGGCUGGUCGUUUGCCUUUGCGGCCAUCUCUUUCCUUUUGACCGAGAGCGCCGGAGUGAUGUCCGUGUACCUGUUCAUGAAGCGGUACACCGCCGAGGACAUGUACCGGCCGCACCCCGGCUUCUACCGGCCUCGUCUGAGCAACUGCUCCGAUUACUCAGGCCAGUUCCUACACCCAGACGCCUGGGUCCGGGGCCGCAGCCCCUCCGACAUCUCCAGCGACGCCUCCCUGCAGAUGAACAGCAACUACCCAGCCCUGCUCAAGUGCCCCGACUACGACCAGAUGUCCUCGUCCCCCUGCUGA